CGGGCCGCGUCCCCGGGGCCGCCUGUGGCGAUGGCGGCGGGGCCGCCGCAGGGCCGCCGCGUCUUCCUCAACCACCUCGACUCCUACUGCGGCCGCACCAUCGGCGAGUAUUUGUCCAGCUGUGUUGUUGGGGCGACGCUUGCAAAGGAAGAAGAGGAAGAGGAGGAAGAUGAAGAAGAAGAGGAAGCUGUUGAGGUUCCUAGUAGCCCAGAGGAAGUCUAUGAAAUAGUGGGUACUCUUUCUAAACCAGGGGGUACAAAACCACGUUUUGCCCAGGAAACAUAUGCAGUCUCUCCUGGAGAUGAACUCUUAAAUCACUUGCUUGCAUGUGAGGUUGUUUUAUAUAAUAUCACUGAGGAUGCAGGUCAAAUUGAGGAAGCAACGUGGGCUGCUUCUGCCUUACAUAAGGAAAUAGAGAAUUUUGUAAGACCAAAGUUAUUCAUCCUCAUCUCAACAAUAAUGACCUGGGCAAAUACGAAACCCUCUGACCCUGAAAAUCCUGAGGCUCCUUUUACUGAAGAAGAUUAUCGCAAAAGAAAAUCUCAUCCAAACUUUAUGGAUCACAUAAAUGCUGAAAAACUCAUUGUGAAACUUGGAAAAACUAACAGAAAUAAAUUUUCAACUUGUGUUGUUGCCUCAGGACAUCAAUAUGGAGCUGAGGAAGGAGUCUUCCACUAUCUUUUUAAGAUGUGUUGGCUUAGUGAGACUCCUGAAAUACCUGUUUUUGGAGAUGGAAAGAAUUUUAUUCCAACCAUUCAUAUUCUUGACUUAGCAGUAGUGUUGCAAAAUGUAGCAGACCACAGACCAGAAGUUCAGUAUAUACUUGCAGUGGAUACAUCCAAGCACACACUUGAAGAACUAGUAAAGUGUAUCAGUAAAAAUGUUGGACCAGGAAACAUUCAGAAGAUUCCUAAAGAAGAUGCAUUCCUGAGCAAAGAUUUAACACAAAUGCAUUUAGAUAUGUUGCUUGUGAACCUGCAAAUGGAAUCUAGUGUUCUGAAAGAUGCUUUCAACAUUAACUGGGUUGCUGAGGCAGGACUGAUAGAGAACAUUGAACAAGUUGUCAAGGAAUACAAGCAAAGUCGAGGAUUACAGCCUCUCAAAGUUUACAUUCAUGGUCCUCCUGCUGUUGGCAAAUCUACCAUUGCUCAGGAGCUCUGCAAACAUUAUAGGCUACAUUACAUUAAGAUAGAUGAUGUGAUUUCUGAAAAAAUUGCACAUCUGGAGAAAAUUGUGGCUAAAGAACAGGACACUGGAGUAGAGGAGGGGGAAGAUGAGGUAGAGGAGCAAGGUGAAAACGUAGAAGCAGCACUGGAAUUAUUAGAUGGAAUAAAAGAAAACAUGGAGCUGAAUAAAGGUCGUCUAGAUGAUCAGUUUAUUGUUACAAUUGUGAAGGAUAAGCUCAAGUCUAUGCCCUGUAAGAAUCAGGGAUAUGUUUUAGAUGGGUUCCCAGUGACCUACAGUCAGGCCAUGGAACUUUUUAGCGCGGAAGAUGAUGAUGAAGAAGAAGAAAUAAAAAGCAAAAUACCUAAAUGUCAUAAAAUAAUCACACCUGAAUUUGUUUUUUCUUUGACUGCAUCUGAUGAAUUCCUUAUAAACAGAGUAACAAAUCUGCCAGAGAGUGUCGUUGCUGGGACUCAUUAUACCCAGGACAGGUUCCCACAAUCUCUGAAACUCUUCCGAGAUUCAAACACAGAUGAUACGACAGUUCUCAACUAUUUUGAUGAACUCGAAAUACAUCCUCAGUUUAUUGAUGUACCCAUAUAUGAAGAUCCUGAGAACAGAUUUAUUGUGCAAAAGAUCAUCAAAGAAAUUGGAGAACCUCGGAAUUAUGGCUUGACAGAUGAAGAAAAGGAGAUUUUGGAACGCAAAGCAGCCGAGGAACGCCUUGCCAAAGAAGCUCAAGAAAAAGCUGAACAAGAACGUAAAGAAGCUGAGGAACACGCUGAAAGGAUGGCAAGAUUGGAAGAGUGGAAUAAACAGAUGGAGGAAGUGAAAAGACAAGAACAAGAGUUAUUGGAGGCCCAGUCCAUUCCACUACGAAACUAUUUAAUGAAGAAUGUCAUGCCAACACUUAUGCAAGGGAUAAAUGAAUGCUGUAGGAUCAGGCCAGAAGAUCCGGUCAAUUUUCUGGCAGAAUAUCUCUUCAAGAACAGUCCCGAUAUUGAUUGGAAUAAUCGUUAAAUCCUAGCAGCAAUGGGAAUUCUGAAAUAAAAAUGCAGAAAAUUCCUAAUACAUUUUAGAUAAAAAUACUUAGUUUCUGAAAUUAUUUUUGGUUAGGCUUAUUAUGUAAUCUUCUUUUUUAUUUCUCAUACUUUAUUACUACGUUGUAUUGGGUUUUUAAUAUUUCUUUUACAAAAGUUUCAUUUACUGCACAUAUUGAUUAAUCCAUUUACACAUCUGUAUUUCAUAGGUCUGUUUGAAAAUGUGAACCAUAAGAAUCUGUUAUCUCUUCAAAACCUUCCUCCUGGGUUUGUUUUCAGAUGUACAUUCUAUUUAAGCAAUAUAUUAUUUUCCUAAUCUAUAGUGAUUGUAAGCAGCCAGCUUGAAAAAAACUAUUAUUAAAAAAAAAAAAGGUGUUUCUACUGAAAAUGGAAAUAAAAAAAAAUAAAUAGAAGCAGCAAGUUCUCUUAUUUCCCCUCCUGGCUACCAAGAGGCAGAAAGUCACACAAUAUAGUCUUCUCAUGCUGCACUGAAGACUGACUUGUAAACAGUUUCCAAGCACAGGUAUGCCAAAAAACCUGUGUUUUACUUUGGUAUCCAACAUACAGGGCUAGUUCUCAUUUAAUUAUCCUCAACAUUCGAUAUUACAUGUUUUUUAUAGAUUCUUGAAGAAUAUAGACUUUACAGCUUGUGGCUGUCAUUCCCAAUUUUAUUGACUUCAUCCAGCUCUUGCAGAAACAAUUUCUAUGCUGACUGAGCUGAAACUGAUAGCACCCGUGGGGUCAGAAGACAAGGACCCUUUGGGAGAAAUGGGGGGGGGGGGAAGAGGAAGAACUGAAAGAAUGGUGAUAUAGAAACACCUAUUUUAUCUGUAACUUUUAGUAUCAGAAUUUUUAGAAUGCCCAAUGUUCUUAUUCAGAUAUAUUAAUAUUUUUACACACUAUGAGUCUUAUUUCAUCUGUUUUCACACAGUCACACAGAUAAAUCAGUGACGAUAGCCAGGAACAAAGUUCAGAACCAUCCUCUCCUACUCUAAAGAAACAGAUUUUUUUGCGAUCUAUAUAUUUUAUAUACUGGCAGCUCAGAUUACCAUUUAUCGUGUGAGGCAGUUGAAGAUGAAAUAAUCGGUAGUUUCAGAGAAUUUUUUAGUUUGAAAGUCCUAUUUUUCAGAGUAGAUAGGAAAACCAGGCACUGACAAAAUAAGGUAAACCAGGAGGUUUUCUGUAGAGUUAUUGUGAUGUAUUUGCCUCUCUAAAAAUAAAGUUUUGAGCUGAUC